CUCCCUAUAUCGCUUUUCGUCUCUCUCUCUAUCUCAUUCGGUCCGUCCUUUAUUUAUCGUCGUCUUCUUUAUAGCUAAUGAUCCCUGAUCAUUUUCUUUUUUUUUUUCAUUUUAAAAUUCUGCUUCAAAAACCCUCAAAAGCUCUUCUUUUAGGCUCUGGGUUUCCGUCUUCUUUCUCAAAAAGUGUUAACUCAACAAAUUGCUCUUCGAUGGAUUUGAAAGCAAUAUCCUGGGUUGGGAAUAUAUAUCAGAAGUUUGAAGCUAUGUGUAUGGAGGUUGAAGAGGUUAUGUAUCAGGACACCGUUGAUUACGUUGAAAAUCAGGUGCAAACAGUUGGUGCAAGUAUGAAGAAGUUUUAUUCGGAAAUUAUGCAAGAUUUGCAUCCUGAAUCUUACGUAGAUCCCGUGAAAGUUGCUGCUGCUGACUUGUCUCUGAAUCCUUAUGCUCACCGUGAGAUUGAGAAGAAGCAAAAGGCGAGCCUCAAAGAACAUUCUAGAGGCAUGGAUAUGAAAUUUACCGAAGAUUUUGAAGUCAUCAAGGGAAAAAGCAAACAUGGUGGGAUCUAUAAACGCAGAAAUGUUGGGAACAGAAAGAAUGCUAAAGACAAUCAUCCUCCGUUAAGGAUGUAUUUACCUGUGACUCCUAUGUCUUUGGAGAGGACUAGGAAGUCCUCGGUCAGUGGUAUAAGAGAAGGUUAUGAAAUGGCAUCUGACCGCAUGGAUGUAACUUUUCAUCUAGCCUCGGCUAAAGGAUAUGCCUCUCGAGAAAUGGUAAAUGAAAUUUGUGAUCCUAAAUCAGAUACAGAUAUGAACACAACCAGCAGUUCUAUAGAUAAUGCAGUAUCUGACACGGCACUAAAAGAUCCUGGAUGCACUUCCCCUUUCGGGGGCUCAUCAUCAGGAUCGAGUGGUACACCACAUGGACAUUUGACAGAUGGCACAAUUUCUCAUACUGGUGACAGUACAAUCAACAAUGGAUCUCCAGAAAGAUCAGAAAACCAUGAUUCUGAUGUACUCAAGGCGGGUGAUGUGCCCGAACAAGAAGUGGAAGUAGAUCGUGAUGUUGAGUCACAGUUGGAGGAAACGUGUGUAUUGGUUGAAGGGGACGAGCUUCUCGCCCCACAAGAUCCCGUCAAACACAAGUCGUACAAGAAAAAGAUUCGCGAAGCAUUUUCUUCAAAAAUGAGAUUAACGAGGAAGGAGUAUGAGAAUCUUGCAACACGAUACGAAAAUCAACCUGAAGAGAAGGAAGUGGGUGCUCUGGGAAUGAAGGCAAGCACAAAGGUAUCAGCAAGUGACUUUCCUGAUUCUGAGUGGGAGCUGCUCUAGAUAUGAAAAGCUUACUGGAAAUAGUAUUUUGCACUUUCCAAUCAAUGUGUGUAUAUUUAUACAAGAAUGUGAAGAGUAAGGAAUGUGCAUUGCUUAUCAGUAAUAAAUAUAAUCCCACUAUUCUCUUCAGAACAUAAUGUACCUACCUAUAAA